GUCAAUAACAAUAAAAUAUUUUGAAAUUAUUUCACAUAUUUUUUUUUUAAAAGCGAAAUAUUUUUUAUAGUUUGCAAAAUGAGUUUUGCACAGCGUUUUCUUAACUGUUGCCAAAUCCAUUGGAAUGGUUUCUUCUACUUUUUUUCGCCUUUACAAUUAUUGCCUUUAAUAUUUUUUAAACCUGAAGUGGAAUGGCGCUCCAUAUUUGUUAUACUGUGGGCUUUUAUUUGGUAUUUGGUGGAGGCUGUGCCUGUGGGUAUAACAGGCCUGUUGCCCAUUAUAUUCUUUCCCAUAUUGGGGGUAAUGGCCUCCCAAGAUGUUUGCAUGUCUUAUGCCCGCGACUCUCAAAUGUUAUUUUUAUUGUCCACUUUUAUAGCUGCCACUAUGGAGCAUUCAAAUCUAAGCAAGCGUUAUGCAUUUCAUAUACUGACUCUUUUAAGUUGUGAUCCCAGAAGAAUACUUUUUAUCCUCAUGAUUUCCGCCUACAUAUUCACUGCAUUUUUGCCAGCUGCCAUUGUUUGUGCUCUCAUGAUGCCCACUACCAGAGCCAUUUUGCAGAUUUUAGACAGCAUCAGUGUGUGCAAAGAAAUCGAUGAAGCCAUGCAACCCAAAGAUGAUGAAACCCCUUAUCCUUCCAAAGUAUCUAAUGCUUUUUAUAUAGGAGUUGCUUAUGCCAUAAAUAUUGGUAGCAUAACAACGGCCAUAGCCUCGGAUAGUGGUUUGGCUUUGAGAGAACAGAUAAAGAAUGAGGCCUCUCUUUCCAGUUUGGAGAACAAUUUCCACUUGAAAUACCUGUUGAGUUCUUUGCCUGUCUCCUUAAUGCUCUUGGUCUUUACUAUUUAUUAUUUGGAAAUUAUUUUCUUGGGCUAUAAACGUUCAGUGAGUCCUGCAGCUCAGCAGAUUGUUCAUGACACAGAGGCUUCAAAGGCGGCUUUGGAGGCUAUAAAGACAGAUUUGCCACCCUACAAUGCUCAUAUGAUAUUGACUUCAAUACUGUAUUUUGGCUCAUGGAUUGGAAUUACAGUGGGCUCAUUAUUGAGCCAGGAAAUAAAUGAUAAACUCCUCAAAUAUUCCUUCAAUGCCAUGCUGCUAUGUUUUCUAUAUUUUGUUCUGCCCAGCAACUGUGAUUUCUGCAACUACUUUCGCUGUUCAAAACCCUCCGAGUACAAACCUGCUCCCAGCAUUCUAACAUGGAACGCUGUCAAUAAACUUACAUCCUGGAAGUAUUUCUUUGUCCACGGUAGCAGUUUGGCCUUUGGUCUUGUAAUGAAAAACUCCUCCUUACAUUUAUUUAUUGGUGAAGGUCUGUUAGAUAUAAACAAUUUGUUAGCACAACAAAUUGGUUUCAUCGGCUUGACCAUAUUGCUAACUAUAAUGGGUGCAAAUAAUUUUGUGGCCGAUAUAAUGUUAAAUAUGGGUAUUAAGGCACUGGGUGAAAAUAGUUCGGCACUUUUGCUAUAUCCUAUAACAUGGUCAUGUUGCAUGACUUUCCUGUUGCCUGUAAGUAGCACGGCGAAUUGUUUUGCUGGCGGUUGGGGUAAUUUGAGGGCUAAGGAAAUGAUUAUGGCAGGCAUUGGUCCCACUGUAUUUGGAUUUCUGAUGGCUGUUGUCAUGUGCUCCAUAAUGGGAUUUAGUAAUUUGUUUCAAUAAGAAGUUUGUUAAUCGAAUUUAGUUGUGUAUUUUUAAAUGUUAAUAUUUUGUGUU